GUAUUUACUGCCAUAUAGAGCACCCUUUUUUCUUGAUUGUGGUUACAGAGUGCAAAUGGAAGGAAAGAACCAACUACAUAAUGAGAAAUAUGCAGCUGAUAUUUCAACCAUAAAAGAAGCACAAGUACGCAUCAACUCAUUCAUACAUAAAACUCCAGUCCUGUCUUCAGAAACUCUGAACGUUUUGGCUGGAAGGAAACUAUUUUUCAAAUGUGAAUUUUUGCAGAAAGGUGGAGCAUUUAAAUUCAGAGGUGCAUGCAAUGCUAUCUUCUCACUAGGAGAGCAUCAGGCAGCUAAAGGGAUUGUAACUCACAGCAGUGGUAACCAUGCAGCAGCCGUGUCUUUGGCUGCAAAACUACGUGGGAUCCCAGCAUAUAUUGUAAUACCGAAAAAUGCUCCAAAUUGUAAGGUUGAGAAUGUCAGGCGUUAUGGUGGUCAGGUUAUUUGGAGUGAGGUCACUAUAGAGUCGAGGGAGAGUGUGGCUGCCAAGGUGCUAGAAGAAACUGGUGCAGUGCUGAUUCAUCCAUUCAAUGAUGGGCGCAUCAUAAGUGGGCAGGGUACCAUAGCACUGGAGCUGCUGGAGCAAAUACCCCACCUUGACACUAUAAUAGUUCCAAUAAGCGGUGGUGGUUUGAUCUCAGGGGUGGCAUUGGCUGCCAAGGCCAUCAACCCUGCCAUUCGGGUUUUGGCUGCUGAGCCCAGAGGGGCUAAUGAUGCUGCUCAGUCCAAAUCAGCUGGGAGGAUUAUAAAACUUCCCGAGACCAACACUGUUGCCGAUGGACUUCGAGCUUUUAUGGGAGAUCUAACAUGGCCUGUAGUGCGGGAUCUAGUGGAUGACAUCAUCGUAGUCGAGGAUAAAGAGAUCAUAGAAGCUAUGAGAUUGUGCUAUGAGAUUCUAAAGGCAGCAGUGGAGCCUAGUGGCGCCAUUGGCCUUGCUGCUGUUCUGUCUGAGGGUUUCCAGGAGAAUCCUGCUUGGAAGGACUGCAAGGACAUCGGAAUUAUACUCUCAGGAGGUAAUGUUGAUCUCAAUGUACUGUGGGAGUCAUUCAGUAAAUGAAAAUUAACAAUGUCCUUGUUUCUAUGUGGGAGUCAUUCAGAACAAUGUCCUUGUUUCUAUGUGGGAGUCAUUCAGAAAAUGAAGGUUAACAAAGUUCUUGUUUC